AUGGUUGACAUGGGGGGCCUGGACAACCUGAUUGCCAACACAGCCUACCUGCAGGCCCGGAAGACCUUGGAUGGAGACAGCAAGGAGCUGCAGAGGCGACGCCGGAGUCUGGUGCUGCCCGGGCCACAGUCCUGCACCCAGCUCCGCCAGUCCCUGCCCCAGGACUUCAACAACCUGUGCGAGCAGCAGCCCAUUGGCCGCCGCCUCUUCCGGGACUUCCUAGCCACAGUGCCCCCAUACCAAGAGGCCGUGGCCUUCCUUGAGGAGGUGCAGAGUUGGGAGCUGGCUGAGGAGGGUCCUGUCAAGGGCAGCAUGCUGCAGGGGCUAGUGGCCACUUGUGUGGCUGCUUCUGCUCCAGGGCACCCACAUCCCUUCCUCAGCCCAGCUCUGGCCACCGAGUGCCAAGCAGCCACCACCGAGGAAGAUCAGAUAGCCCUGGUGGCACAGGCCAAGGCUGAGGUCAUGGCCUUCUUGCAGGACCAGCCCUUCCGGGAUUUCCUGGCCAGCCCCUUCUAUGACAAGUUUCUGCAGUGGAAGGUCUUUGAGAUGCAACCGGUGUCGGACAAGUACUUUGAUGAGUUCCGAGUUCUGGGGAAAGGUGGUUUUGGGGAGGUAUGUGCUGUCCAGGUGAGAAACACUGGUAAGAUGUAUGCCUGUAAGAAACUGGACAAGAAGCGGCUGAAGAAGAAAAAUGGUGAGAAAAUGGCUCUUUCAGAAAAGGAAAUCUUGGAAAAGGUCAGCAGUCCUUUCAUCGUCUCUCUGGCCUAUGCCUUUGAAACCAAGUCCCAUCUCUGCCUGGUCAUGAGCCUGAUGAAUGGGGGAGACCUCAAGUUCCACAUCUACAGUGUGGGUACACGGGGCCUGGACAUGAGCAGGGUGGUCUUCUACUCGGCCCAGAUGACCUGUGGAGUGCUGCACCUCCACUCACUCGGUAUUGUCUACCGGGACAUGAAGCCCGAGAAUGUGCUUCUGGAUGACCUCGGCAACUGCAGGCUGUCUGACCUAGGGCUGGCCGUGCAGAUCCAGGAUGACAAGCCUGUCACACAGAGGGCUGGAACCAAUGGUUAUAUGGCUCCUGAAAUCCUAAUGGAAAAAGUGAGUUAUUCCUAUCCUGUGGACUGGUUUGCAAUGGGAUGCAGUAUUUAUGAAAUGGUUGCUGGACGAACACCAUUCAAAGAUUACAAGGAAAAAGUCAGUAAAGAGGAUUUAAAGCAAAGAACCCUGAAAGAAGAGGUCAGAUUCCAACAUGAUAACUUCACGGAGGAAGCAAAAGAUAUUUGCAGACUCUUCUUGGCUAAGAAACCAGAACAACGUUUGGGAAGCAGAGAGAAGUCUGAUGAUCCCAGGCAACACCCUUUCUUCAAAACCGUCAAUUUUGCUCGCCUGGAAGCUGGCCUAGUUGAGCCCCCAUUUGUGCCAGACCCUUCUGUGGUUUAUGCCAAAGACAUCGCUGAAAUUGAAGAUUUCUCUGAGGUUCGGGGAAUUGAAUUUGAUGAUAAAGAUAAGACGUUCUUCCAAAGAUUUGCAACAGGUGCUGUCCCCAUAGCAUGGCAGGAAGAAAUUAUAGAAACGGGACUGUUUGAAGAAUUGAAUGACCCCAACAGGCUUGCAGGUUGUGGGGAUGGUAAUUCAUCCAAGUCUGGUGUGUGUUUGUUAUUAUAAGUUGUUCUCUCUACCAGAUGGGCAGCAGGAAUUUCAGCUGACAUAAUCCUUGAAUGUUCCUAACACAUGAAAAUCUGUUGAAUGAGGACUGAUCAAUCAGGAGGGGCAUUUCAACCAUAGAACAGUUCAAAGGACAGGUGAGCUCACCACUAGGACACAUUUUUCUUUUGCCUUCCUUCCUCCCUCCCUC